UAAUAACGUUAAGGAAAAUACGCCUAAAAAAACACACACAAACAUAACGAAGAAUUUACUAAUCUAAUCAUAGUCGAAAUAAACCUCACUUAAGCGAACACCUGAAAGCAGGAAUUUGUUGCUUUCCCUACUUCUGACAAAAACCUUUAUUUUGGCACUUAAGCUACUUGAGUGUGUAAGUUUUUAUGCUUUUAUAUGGAGAAUGACCUAGACAUGCCCGUAGAAGGGGAAAGAGCUUCUUCCUUGAACAUGAAUGGGUUUUCUGUUGAAAAAUCCUCGGAUCAAAGUAUGGACGAAAAUAGAAACGAAAUUCACGAAAAUGACCAGAAGGGACUUCCAAUAGAUGCUCCAGAGUCACAUAAAGUAAAAGAAACCAGUAAUAAUAUGUCGUAUGCUCCCGAAACCGUUUACAACCUUCAAACAAAUUUCGAGGAAGAAGGAGUGCAAAGAGGAAUUUUUCAUGAUGAACGCCAUGAUAGAAGUUUUGCGUUACACAAGGUAGUGGUACCUCCUGAUUAUAACUAUAGAUCCAUUGAGGAACAUGUUCCUAAGGAUCCCCCUGCAAAAUCAUACUCUUUUCAACUUGAUCCGUUCCAAGCUACUGCAGUGGCUUGUAUAGAAAGAUCAGAAUCAGUCUUAGUGAGUGCUCAUACUUCGGCAGGUAAAACAGUGAUUGCAGAAUACGCUAUUGCCCAAUCUCUAAAAAAUAAGCAACGGGUUGUAUACACCAGUCCGAUCAAAUCUUUGAGUAAUCAAAAGUAUCGGGAAUUGCUUUCUGAAUUUGGAGAUGUUGGUCUCUUAACCGGCGACGUAUCCAUUAAUCCAUCAGCAAGCUGUUUAGUAAUGACGACUGAAAUUUUGCGUUCUAUGUUAUAUAAGAAUUCCGAACUUAUGCAUGAAGUGGCCUGGGUUAUAUUUGAUGAGAUACACUAUAUGCAAGAUAAAGACCGCGGAGUAGUAUGGGAGGAAACCCUCAUUUUACUACCAGAUGCUAUUCGCUACGUCUUUCUUUCUGCAACGCUUCCUAAUGCUAUGCAAUUCGCUCGCUGGAUUGCUGAUACACAUUGUCAGCCUUGUCAUGUUGUUUAUACUGAUUAUCGACCAACACCAUUACAACAUUUUAUAUAUCCUCAUGGUGCUGAUGGAAUAUACAUGAUUGUGGAUGAAAAGAAUCGCUUCAAGAGCGAAAGCUUCUCAAAAGUCGUGGAAGUGCUUCAAAAUAAUGUCGAAUCGCGCGAGAAUCAUCAAUCUAGGAAAAAGGGCAAGCGAACUACAUCCUUGCAACGCAUAAUUAGCAUGGUUAUAACUAAUCACUAUGAUCCUUUAAUUGUUUUUUGCUUUAGCAAAAAAGAAUGUGAAGCUAAUGUCUUCCAAUUGAACAAGGUUGAUCUUAAUGAUGAUGAAAAGAAGGAUCUAAUUAAUGAAAUUAUAGAUUCUGCUUUGCUUCAGUUGAAUGAAGAGGAUAGGAAAAUUCCUCAAUUUGAUCAUAUGAGAUCUUUCCUUUUACGCGGGAUUGGUUUUCAUCAUUCUGGACUGUUACCGAUUAUGAAAGAGUUAGUAGAAAUCCUUUUUCAGGAGGGCUUGGUUAGGAUUCUAUUUGCUACUGAAACAUUUGCCAUAGGUUUGAAUAUGCCAGCAAGGACGGUUCUAUUUACAAACGCUCAAAAAUUUUCUGGUACUAAUUUUCGUUGGUUAUCAUCUGGAGAGUAUAUGCAAAUGAGUGGUAGAGCUGGUAGACGAGGCAUUGACUCAAAAGGUUUAUCUAUUGUGAUGGUCGAUCAGUCUAUCGACGAGCAAACUACUCGAGCGUUAAUGAAUGGUCAGCCGGCAUCUCUUUAUUCUGCGUUUCAUUUAAGUUAUAAUAUGAUUCUGAGCCUUAUGCGAAUUGAAGGGUUAAGUCCAGAAGAUCUUCUACGAAGAAGUUUUUACCAAUUUCAAAAGAUGGAAUCAAUUCCUUUGCUUCAUCGAAAGUUAGACGAAUACAAGCUGGAAGAGAAAUCUAUCGAAAUAAAAGAUGAAGAAUCCUUAAAAAGGUUCCAUGAAUUAAAGUUGCAAUUGGAGCGUUAUGGAAGAGACAUAAAGCAUACUAUCCUGGAACCUGAAAAUAGUUUGCCGUAUUUACAACCUGGAAGGCUCGCACAGGUGAAAAUUCGUGAAACAUUGUUUCCUUGGGGGAUUAUUGUCAACUCCACAAAGCGAGUGGUUCCUUCUUCUCAAAGAGUAAAUCCUCAGGAUAUGUAUGUUAUCGAUAUACUGCUCCCGUUAUCGUCGCGGUCAACUUCUAACAGCAAUAUACGGUCUGCCCAGCUAUUCGCACCUUUGCCAAAUGAGAAACCCGUUUACGAAGUCAUUGCUGUUUUCUUGUCCUCGAUUGAGAAUUUUUCUUGCCUCAGAGUUCUCCUUCCGAAGGACUUGAGUUCCCAUGAAAGCAGAAGAAGCACUUACCAAAAUGUUCUUGAAGUUCAGAAAAGGCUGAACGACGAUAUACCCUUGCUGGAUCCUAUAGAACACAUGAACAUAAAAGAAAGUACAUUGAAAUUACACAUGAGAAAAGUUGAAAUUCUAGAACCCAAGUUUUUAGAAAGCCCCUACUACAAGGACGCAUCGUGUCGAACCGAAUAUCAUAGAUAUACUAAUAAACUAGGGUUGAAGAACACUAUUAAAGACUUGAGUACGAAAAUUAGCACUACCGAGUCGAUCAUUCACUUAAAGGAAUUGAAAGGUCGGCAGCGAACGCUUCGGCGUCUUGGAUUCACUACAGCAGACAACGUGAUUGAUAUCAAGGGUAGAGUAGCUUGUGAAAUAAGUACGGGUGACGAACUUUUAAUAACCGAAAUGAUUUUUCAAGGGAUUUUUAAUUCCCUAUCCCCGGAUAUAUUUGCUGCGACUUUAAGUUGCUUUGUGUACCAGGAGAAAUCAGAUGUCUCAUCACUUAAUCUGAAGGAACCAUAUUCUGAAACAUAUAAAGCUAUACUCGACAUUGCGAGACGAAUUGUGACGGUAUCGGUAGAAAGUCGACUGGACGUGGAUGAAGACGAAUACAUUAAUCAGUUUAAACCAGACAUGAUGGAAGCCGUUUCUAAAUGGAUAAACGGAGCUACGUUCUUGGAAAUAUGUGAGAUGACGAGACUAUAUGAAGGAAGUAUAGUUAGGACUUUCAGAAGAUUAUCGGAGUUGUUGAAACAAUUUCGUAACGCUGCGGCUGUUUUAGGCAAUUAUGAACUACAAGAGAAGUCUGUCGUAACGGAGCAAUUACUCUAUCGCGAUAUAAUUUCUUCUUCUUCAUUGUACUUUUAAUUAUUUACUAUCUUUUCAUCAGCAUUAUCUGCAAAUCUUUGAGACAUUUGUUCUUGAUUGCAGUUUAGAGUAAUGAAGAACAUUACUCUUCUGUAAAUAUAAUGAAUUUUAUGGGAAUUGUUCUCUUAUUUCCUAGUAAAUAUGUUUUGUAUAUACAUCAAAAAUAUCCAAUAAAUUAAAUGACUACAAAUUACACUUGAAGGUAGGGAAUGCAUCGAUAAAAGUCGAUGGUCAACGACUCAUGGACAAAAGACCCUCUGACCCAUAGAAGUAAUUGAGUGGUUCCCAAAAGGCUUGUUCGGCUUUGAUUGCAGAUUAGAUGACCCUUAUUAUGUUUCAAAUCUUCCUGCAAAAUGAAGGAAUGAUCUAUGCAGAAUGGCCAACUGCUACCCAAAGCAGGUUUAUUAAUACGAAGCUGUUUCACAUAAACAAGAGACGUAGAAAGAUAAACUGCAAUCUUAAAGUUUCUAGUUAGCAUGCGAAGCUGUCUACCUAUAGACAUCAUAGACGCAUGGGCGUAAGAGAUGUUUGCUUUCGCCAUGAGGAGUCCAAGAGGAUUUGAGAAAGAAUCUAUGAAAAGGGCAUAAGAAAAGUCUCUAUUGUUGGUAAGGUCACUUUCCAACUCAUUAAUCGCGUCCUGUAAACCUUCAGCAUCAAAGGCCCGAAUGAUUGCUGUUUUUUCCAAAGAAGUUAAUGGUAGAGCAGUUGGAUUAAAGAUUCCAAGUGUGUCUAUCCAAAUAAUUUUAUCAAAUUUUCCAUGAUAUUGUCUGAAAAUCCAAUAAAGCACCAGGUUCGCAGAAUCACCACUAAAUUGAGUGACUUGGUUCAUCCUGAACUGCGCCUUUUUUACUCUUUCAAAAGAUAUUUCUUUCUCACUUAUACGACCUACUAAUUCUAGACAUUGGAAGUCAUCCAUGCAUAUUGGUCCAGCAAAGCAAGCUAAAUCUACUGAAGGGGAUUGAGCUAACUCGUAAUGUAAAAGUCUAGUUUAUUAUACAAUAUAACCACUAGCUUUGUAUUGCGCACUUGCCCAAAAACCUCUAUUUUUUCUCUCUACUGCUCAAAUGUCUUCCAAUUGAAACCUCUCAUUGUAAAGAACAACGACGGCUAUAUGGAAGCUAAAAAUUCUUCAGAAGAGCGACAUACAUUCUAAUAAUGCUCCAGAAGACAUUGAGACGAAGGCUAUCAUAUCAUUAUAAAAGAAGAAACAUACAGAAUUAAUAUAUUAUCCGUUCUAUUACACAAAACCCAAUCAAUCUUUGUUUCCAUAAACCAAAGAUUAAACACAAAUGAAAAAAGGAAGCAAAACCAUAAAGUACUCUUAU